GACAGCUAGACAGGGAAGGCAGGCAAAAGUGUUCAUUAAAUAACGAAAACCUUAAUUUACAGAGAACUUACAUGUGGAUUUGGAAGGAAGGCCAUUACGGCCAUAGUGGGUCUCCUAACAGGACACUGUCGAAUAAAUCGACAUAUGAGGCUCUUGGGUCUAGCAGAAGAGGCCACAUACCGUUUCUGCAGAGAGAAAACUCUAGCGCAUCUCUGGCGUCACUGUGAAGGCAUGGCACGGCUUCGGUUUCAGACUGUUUACACCUGCAGCUAUAUAGAGACUCCAAAGACCGCUAUAAACAAGGCCAAACCAAAGCUUCCCUUUCACUCCAACAUUUUCUGGGUCUGGAAUCGGGUUUUACGUUAGACAAAGAAUCCAACACCGUUGCCAUUUUGUGUCAAGAUGUCGUCGUAGUGCUAGCAUUUGACAAUCGGGAACGGCUUAUGCAAUGGCAGGUAAAGCUGAGCUCACACCUGAACGACGGCCCCCACUUCCUAGUUCUAGUCUCUUCGGCCCCUGCUAAAUCUCGGUUGCCCCCUGGACCUGCGCGACUCCACGUACAGGAACGGGGCUUCUGCUUAACGACAGGGGUGCCGCCCAGAGUGGCCGGCCAUUGGUUGAUAGCGAAUCUGAGGCGGUACGGAGUUGUAGAGGGGAGGUUCUGCUUCGAGGGAGGAUCCAGGUGUAUGAAAGGAGAAGGCCUAUACGUCCUUCUGACAGACCAAGGUGAAGAAAUAACUAGUACUUUGAAAAUAGCAGCGACUGGAAACCUGCAUUCGUCCAGAAGGAGACCUGUAUCUAGGAAUAUGUCGGGUACGCUAAGCAACAGCUGUUCUAGGUUAUGUAGAUUUAGCGAUAUUAGAAGAAUAGUGAUGGACAGUCCCCGUCGUGCCCCGAUGAGCAGGGCUGGAUGCAACCUAGGUUUAGACAUGAGCGAGACGUCGAUGAUGUCCCGCGCAGAUUCUCCUUACACGGAUAUGGAGAGCAACUAUGGCUGUGGUGAUAGUAUGUCCAAUGAUGGAUGGGGCCCGCCCCCCAUAGAAAGGUGCAUGAGCUGUAUCAGCAAACUAGGGGCUAUGUCCAGGUCUUCAACGGCGACAGUGACGGUUGGAGCUACGCCAUGUUGGGAGCACACGUGCGAUCGACACUCGAUAAGCAGCAGUUCAGACAGCAGCAGCGGUUGGAGUCAAGCUGUGACCAGACCACCUGCGAGACCUCCUAAGCCCCCUGGGUCCGUGGGGGCUGCAACCAGUACCUCGGGAAGCACCGAUUCCCCCACCAAAGCGCCAAGUCCACCAUCUUAUGAUAAUUACGAUGUGCCCAAGAUACCGUACCCAGUGGAACCAAAAGCUGAUGAACUGUACGACACGCCUCGUAAACUGAAAGAGUGCAUCCAAGCCGGCUUCGGUAGCACCGGUUUCGAAACCGUGCACAAACCGUGCGGCUGCGUGAUUCGCGUCCGGCAACAGCCCGAACCGGAUAGGCCGUGCGUCUGUCAACGGCUCAUGUCAUGCUGGACGGCGCCGGAAGACGCCGCCACGCACGCCAUCUACGCUACGGUGGACUACACUAAGAAGACGCAGCGACCGCCGCCGGCAGCCAACAACUCAGUCACGAUGACAUCUGCCGCUAACUAUGCGAACCUCGCGCCCAUCACUACUGUCAUGGCGACAACGACCGCACCACAGACCGUUACAAGCACCAAUUACGAGAACAUGGACUUCUGCCAAACACUCCAACUGUACGAGAACAGCAAAGAGGUGGCGGAGAAAGCCCGCUCUGUGCUAUGCACGAAGUGCGGUCAUACGCAAGACGACUACCUCAUGAUGGAUAAGCCCUCACAUCAACCUCAUCCUGGAUACAUCCCGAUGUCGCCUGCUGUCAAACAGAGGUUGGAGAAAGCGUUGUCCAAUAGCAAUCCCAAUCUGGGUCCAGUGUUGGACAGGUCCACAAAACCGUCCGGAUCUGCGAUGCUGCAUGCGAACGUCUAUCAAAGGAGGCAGCUGUUGGACCACGCUGAUAACCUGGAUGUCAGGAGGAAGAGAUCCAACUCAGCGGAUUCGUCAACGAGCCGCGUCGAGCCCGAACCCGAGCCCGAGAACUCACCCUGCCACUGCGCGCAUGCGCUAGCCGUCCGCCGCUCGUCGUCAGUACCCUGCAAAUCGAACCGGGACUCGUCGAGCUCGAACGAUUCGGGCGUGUUCGAGCUGCCUCGACGCACUCAAAUCUGCGCGAGCGCCAAUCAGACGCUGCCCAGGAGGUCAAAGUCCUCUGACCCGCUCAGUAACCUCACGUUCCAGUUCAGCAAGACUGAGAUCAAGUCGGCGAGUGCCGAGGCUGAGGUACCGGUCUGUCCGUCGGGGUCCACGAGUAGCGGUACCUCAGACAUGUCUGACUACAUCGAGACGUUGUCCUUAUCCUCACACAGUUCCAGCGAUGCUCCGCCCCCAAGUUGUACCCUAAGGCCCCGAUCUGGCAACGAAUACCUGACUAUGCAAAGGCUGAUCGCCCCCGUGCCUGAGGAAAGGCACUAAACUAGUCAACCACUACACAUAGGAAGCAAUAACAUCCUUUUUUUCAUUGGAUGCUGAUGAUCAUGAUGAUAUAGCCUUUAGUACCGAUAUACAUACUACUAAUAUUAUUAUAUUAUUAUUAUGUCUGUAUCUUUUUCUGUAUAAAGGUAUUUACUUUAUAAAAUAAAUUAUUCGGUAAA